AUGACAAGAUUAUUUGAAGAUUGGUCAGUCAUUUCGUCAUCUUCUGAAUAUGAAGAUGAACUGGCUUCAACCGCAUCCACCAACGUGCUGGAGACCGAAGAAGACGAAAGUGAUCAAAUUGCCCUUGCAGAAGAAGAACCUACUACUGCUUCUGCUACCACGGCCUCUGAAACCAACACUGCAACGCCCUCAAACACAUUGGCAUCUUCAACGACGACAUUGAAGUUGCCAAUUAUAAAUCUGAGUGAUAACUCCUUUGGAUCUCUGGAUGAAACUUCUAGUUCUUCUUCCUUUUCGGAGUUAAUAACUCCUGAAAGUGGCGACGAAGCAACAUCCACCUCGUUGGCUGAGUCAAACUCUGUUGAUGAAAACUCAAACGUCGGUUUGGAUAGUGAUUUAGAUUCCCUUUCUGAAUCCCGAAAUUUGUGUCCUUAUGUUGCCCUUUCGAGACUUGCACCCGUUGUUACGCAAUCUGCCAGCAAUUUGAUUAAGCCUGUGAAUGAAGAUAUCACAAGAGCGUCUGCUACACUUCACAAUAGAUUGAUGUCGAAUUUGACUGCUAUCAAAAGUAGAUUGAGCCAUGAUUCGAAGUCAACAUUGACUCAUGAUUACGUGAUUAUAAGUUCCCACGAAGUUAAAGACGAAAUCCAGGAAGAAAUUAUUAAGGAAUAUGAUGAGGUCCCUGAGAAUUCUUCCAAUAACACUCUUAUUCAAUUAUGGGAUGAGUAUAUUCUCCGCCCUUGGGUAAACAUUUUCUUAUCAAUCCUUGAUAAAGUUCAACCCCAGAACCUCAUUUACAUUUUAUUCUCUAUGUUGUUAAUUGUGGUACUUACUCCGGUGUUAAGCUCCCUGAUGUCUGGAAUCGCCAGCCACAAUUCAAGUCCAAAUCCUCCUUCUUUUAGAGAUUCUGCAACGUCCCCAAUUGUGCCAUCGGCUUCAUCAACCACUACCAAACCUGUGCAGGUGAAUUCAAUUAAUUCUUUCUACCACCAAAUGCGUGAAAAAUGGAAUUUCAAGUCGUGUACUAGGCAGCAAGCUGUUAAGUUCGAUGAAAGCUACAAAGAGUGGAUAUGUAGAGCCUUGAACAAAGGGCCCACAGUAGAAACUCUUAAAACCCAUCCUUCCUCGGCCAAACAAGGUACUCUGAAACUGGGUCAUGCGCCUUCUAAGACCUUGACCAAGAAAUCGGCUAAGAAAUCGGUUAAGGCUAAAUGGACAAAACGGUGUUGUCAAAGGUCAAACAUAGCUUUGAAUGACAAAAAACAUUGUGGAAAGCUAUGCUCUGAAUACGCAAGGAAGGGAUUUUGUUCACAAGACUCUCGAAACUUUAAGUCUAAUUUCCUUUUGAAUUGGAAAUAUGCAGAGGUUUUAUCUACUCGUUGGAUUGAUGAAGCGUUGAAAGCUACAAAAAUCUUUUCUUCCCAUACGAAGGACAUGUCUACUAAAGGGUAUUAUUGGGCCAAAUCAAGAGGAGGCAAGGAUAUGGUGUAUACCAAAGAAGCCACUAAGAAGUUGCUUUCUCGAGGUAAGAAAGUAUCAGAAUCAUGGGUCAAGCAAGGAGAAAUUAGAUUACAGAAAUUUCUUGUAUUCACAAAGAAAUCUCAUCAACAGUGGAGAAAUAAAGGCUGGCCUUACUCCAAACAAAGGAUAUUUUCUGUUGCUGGAAAGUGGUUUAAUGCUGCAAGAAAAGAUUUAGAGGAUGCUUCUGUAUGUGCCUAUUCGAAUUGGGAAAAUAUAAUUGCUCCAAGAUUGAAACAUCUGUGGCAGACAAGUAAGGACGGUGCUAAAGCAGCUAUGAGUGGCUUAACGAAGGCAUCGAAAUCAGGCACCCAACAAGUAGAAACUGGGCUAAAGAAGGUUUUUGCUGUAGCAAAGAAGGCUGAUGAGGACUGGAGAACUAAUGGCUGGCCCUAUUCUAAGGAAAGGAUGAGUUCCAUGCUUAGUGCUGGUAAAAAUGGCUUGAAAGCCAGUACAUCUGCUGCUAAUACUAUGUGGUCAGAUACAGUUAUUCCCAAUUUGAAACAUCUGUUGAAGUUGAGUGAGGACGGUGCUCAAGUUGCUAUGAAUAGGCUAAAACUGACUUGGACUUAUUCAAGGGCCUUUGCCAGUGUUUUAUUACAUGAUGCUGCCAUAGUGGCUGAUGAUAUCAUUAGCAGCAGUUCAAAGAGAUAA